CUGCUAUAUGGUGCCAUUUUUUUCUCGGUCCCAAAAAUUUUUGGGCUAAAAUUUUAAAUUUGGACCAAAAAUAUUUGCAGACAAAUCGGGCAAUUUUCGUCGGGAGAGUGACUUAUUUUUCUUUAUGCUUAGAGAAAAUAAUUCCCCUGGCCGCCUUCUACGAGCGUACGCAUAGCACCCAGCAAUAUUUAUUAUCCACCGUCUACGAAACCUAGCCACCACCGACUCCGCCUCGGCCUUCAACUCGGCCCGGCCUACUACUUCGCCUCUGCCUUCACCUCCGCCUCAGCCUCCACAAUAUUUAUUCUCCACCGUCUGCGAAACCUAGCCACCGCCGCCGAAUCCACCUCUGCCUUCAACUCGGCCCGGCCUACUACUUCUCCUCUGCCUUCACCUCCGCCUCUGCUUCCGCCUUCGCUUCCUUCUCCGUGUGUGCCUUUGUCUCUUCUCUCUCGUCUGGAAGGAGCAGUUAAGAGUCAGGGGUCAAAAUCUUGGGUCACAAAGGAGAGGAGCAAAAGGAUUUCUUGAUAGAUAUCCUAUUCUAGCUCCGAAUGCUCAUACUCAGUUGUUUCUUCAACAAAAAAAAUGAGGUCUACCCCCUAACCAUACUGCAGCUGUUCCUAAGCAUCACAGACCAAAGUUCAAACCCGGACCCUGGAAACAUGCUAAGGCUACCUUCAUAGAAGGUAGCUCUGGAACAUUUGAGGAAGUUUUUGCAGGUGACAUAAUAGACACAUCUUUUGCUGGUAGAGGAAGUUUAUUUACCAGUUGAUUAAUUGGCAAAAUCCUCAUUCAGCUAUAUACCGAGAUGUCAACCAUUUCCGCAAAGAGACGUAGAAAAAGUUCCCAGACAGCAAUAACUACCGUACCACCUCCUAGAAAGAGGACGAUAGGUGCUUCACAAACAAUACAUACUCAGGAGGAUCCACCUUUUGUUCCAUCUACAAGUCUACCUACAGCUCCCACUCAGGUUGAGGCUAGGAGCGCUGUCAGACGUCAUAGUAGAGCACCAUCCACUCGGGUUGAGGCUAGAGAUGAUGUCAUUCCCGAUGGCACUACACGUGCUAUAGACGGUGUUGGUGGUAUUGCAUAUUUUGUUGCAGGACGAAAUGACUGUAAAAAGGGAUGUGCAGCUUGCAACUCUGCAACGGUGCCGAGCACUGUGCGGACGAGCAGACGAAAAAUCAGAGUACAACUUGAUGAUCAUCAUGGGCGGCCAAUAAGCGAUAAUGUGUCGUCUUUAUUAUCACAUCAAAUCGGGGUCAUCAUUGGGACUUCACUCCCCAUGGAUCGUGGGUAUUGGAGUGAGGUAGAUCCAAAGGAAAAGGAUCAGGCUAAACAAACUCUAUUGACUCAUUUUGAUAUUGAUAUCGACGGCGAUAGCAUAGAGCACUUCGAUCCACGAGUUUCGGAGUGCUUGGACAAAUUGUUUGCCAAGAUGUUUCGAGAGUUCAAGUAUGAGUUGCAUAGUUAUUUUAGUGAUUAUGCUAUGAAGGAGGAGGCAAAACAGAACCCGCCUAUAGAGUGGUACACGAGAGAAGCAAUGCAAGGCAAAUCCCUAUACCUGCGGAUGCUGGACGAAAGAUUUUGAUGGAGACAUUAGGUGUUAGGCCUGGCAUGGAGGUUCGUGGCCUAGGAUUUGGGAGGAUUCGAGACCUUGGAUCAUCAUCUACUACUCAGAGGCCUGCAUUGUCUACUCGCAUACAUGAGUUGGAGCAGGAGUUAGCUGCUGAGAAGACAGCUAGAUUGAAGAUGGAUCGAUAGCAUAAAGCUGAGAUGCAAAGUAUCAUCACCUUCAUGCGUGGUAUUAUUGCUCAUAUUCCAGGUGUGUCACUUCCACCAGGGUUAGAUGGAGGAUGUGAGGUUGGUGAUGAUGACGACACUACUUUGGAUUAAACACAUUUUUAUUUAUUACUAUGACAUAAUGAUACUUCUAGUUGUUUAUGGUCUAUAUAUGUACUCUGGAUUAUGCUUUUUAGGAGGAGAUUUUGUUUAAACAGCUUAACUUAUUUU